GCUUUCCGCUGUUGGGAAACGUGGUGGGACCAGUAGGGGGGCCCGACAGACACGGCAUGAGGCCUUUGGGGCGGGCCGGACCGGCGAGGCCCGGGUUGGACGACCCGAAGACCUUUCGGGGAUCUGUGGCAGAUGAUUCCCGAAACCUCUAUUGGGCCGUCCAGUCCGGGGCCGCUCGACAAUCUUAACGGUUGUCGUCGGUCCGACUUUUGCAAUCGUGUGCUGCUUCGUGCGAGAACGGAGAAGGGAAAGGUCCCGUCCAGUCCGGGGACGAGAACGGAGAAGGGAAAGGUCGGGAUCACGUCAGGUGGUCUGGAUGGGAGACGGGUUGGGAUGAUGUCGCGGGAAGGAAGUCGGGGAACGAAGCGGGAGAAGGAAGAGGUGGGGAUGAGGUCGGAUGGGAAGGGAGUUGGGAUAGAGGAGAAGGGAAGAGGAAUCUAGGCAUGGAAGAAGGUCGGGAUGGGAGUUGGGAUAGAGGAGGAGGGAGAAGGAAUUUAGGCAUAGGGCUAGGUCAG